UUGAAAUCUUUGAUGCGGCCACCGAAGUCAGUGAGAGACAGACAAGAACAAGUGAAGGAAAGAAUUCCCGCAACCAGACCCAGUAAACACUUUGCCAACCAGAAUGUUGCAGGGAAAACACAACGCAUCUCUUCAUCGGGCUCCACUGAGCCUUCAGGCUCAAAUUUGCCUCCAGACCCUGCCCUGAAGGAAUGGAAACAAAUCCUUGACAUUCUCUGGAGUGAUCCAAGAAGCCAAAAUGGCUGUGCACCAAACAAGCGCCGGGGAGGAGGUUGUUACUUUGGUCCUGAUGUCACUGCCAAGCUGUUUGAAAGGUACCAUCUGAAGAUGCUCAUCAGGUCUCAUGAAUUUAAGCCGGAAGGUUAUGAGAUCAGUCACGAUGGGAAGGUUAUCACUAUAUUUUCUGCCUCUAACUAUUACGAAGAGGGGAGCAACCGGGGAGCGUACAUCAAACUGAAUCCUGAACUGAUUCCUCGGUUUGUACAGUAUCAAGUCAGCAAGUACACACGCAGGCAGAACCUUCGGGAGAGGGUGGGUACAAUUGAAUCAUCUGCCUUAAAGUCCCUACGAGAGAAGAUUUACGCUCACAGAUCUGAACUCACUAGUGCGUUUGCACAGUAUGACCUCAACGGCACAGGCAGGAUUUCUGUCAACGACUGGGCUGCAGCAAUGGAGUCUGUCCUACAGCUGGACCUGCCCUGGAGGAUGCUGCGCUCUCAGUUAGCACAGAUGAACCCAGAUGGAGAAGUUGACUACAUGUCAUGUUUUUACGAUUUGAAAAUAGGUCAACCUACAAAAGAGGUUCAGCCAGCUUUGGUGGAAACACUGUGCAGAUACAGAAAGGAUCUGGAGAUCAUCUUUAACGCCAUUGACAAAGAUCACUCAGGUCUGAUUUCUCUUGAGGAGUUCGGCCAGACAUGGAAACUCUUCACCUCCCACCUGGGCAUUGACGUAGGUGAUGAAUCCCUUGACAAGUUAGUCCUCAGCAUAGACCACAACAGAGAUGGCCACAUCGACUUCAAUGAAUUUUUAGAGGCCUUUCAUGUGGUUCAUAGACUAGAGAAAAAGGCAAACUCGUGA